AUGACAUCUUCACCUACCAUUACAAUCGCAAAAUAUCGUAAAUUUAAUAGUGAUACAAUUCAAUUUAUUGAGUUUUGUGUAAAAAGUGAAAUAUCAGGUGCACAACCUAUUGGUCGAUUACUAAAAAGCAAAUUUCCAGAAAUAAGUAUUCAUCAAAAAAGCCUUUAUAAUGCUAUCCAAGCAGCAAAAAAACAUUUGACUAAAAAAGCCAAAUUUGAUACAUCUGAUCUUAUGCGCUAUUUAUAUUCAAAAUGUACUGAAGAUUCAAGAUGGUUUGUUAAAAGUAGAUUUGAUAGACUUGAGCGAAGAUUAAGUGGACUAAUUUGGUUAUCACCCGAUCAACAAUAUUUAUGGACUAGAUAUCAUGAUGUUAUUUUUCUUGAUACAACUUCUCGCACAAAUAAAUAUAAUAUAGUUGCAUGUUUUUUUGUUAUUAUUGACAACUGUAAUAAAUCACAACUUGUUGUAUCUGCUUUACUUGAAGAUAAAACCAAAGAUAGUUUUAUUUGGACAUUUCAAAUGAUUAAUAAGUAUUCCGAUCCCGGAAUAGCUGGUGCAAUAUAUUUAGAAUUUUCAAGUUCUGUUCAUUGUUUAUGCUUAUUUCAUAUUGAUCUCAAUUUAAAGAAGAAUCUUCGAAAUAAGCUUAAUUCAGAUAAAUUUCGGGAGUUUCGUACAAACUUUUUUAAAUAUAGAAAUACUAUGGUUGAAGAUUUAUUUGAAAGUUGUUGGGAAGCUUUGAAGUUAAAGUAUACUUUAGCAAGUAGUUAUAUAAAGCAUCAAUUAGAUCCAACCAAGACAAAGUGGGCUGUAUACAAUAUCAAUAACCAAUUUACUGCAGGUGCAAAUAGUACACAGCGUGUAGAAAGCCUGAAUCAUAAAAUUUAUAGCUAUGUGGGAUCCAAUUCAUCACUUUUGGAAUUAGAACAAGUAAAUAUGGAUUAUAAUGAAGGAAUGCAUGAAGACAACUAUGAGCUUAUGAAAGUUCAUUUGGUUAAUAUAGUUGAAAAAGUUGGAUAUAAACAAAUUGUCAAAAUUUGGAAAUUAGUAUUGCCUUGUGGAACUAAAAAACAAUAUAUUAUACUUACAUAUAAAGUUGAUAUUAUCAAAGAAAAUCUGAAUAAAGUUUGGGAACAAUCUCCUAUCUCAUUAUGCAUUGAUAAUAUUCAAAAUCAAGAUACUAUAAAUAAUUUUAGAUAUUUGAAAGAUAUUCGCAAUUCAGAUAUUUAUACACCAGUAUUGCAAAAAUUUAAUAGUACUCGCCAAAAAUAUGGCUGUGUACAAGGCAUAAUACAAAAAGUUCUUGAUUUAGCAAUUUCUACUAAUUCAUAUGAUGAAUUAAUAG